AUGAAACCUCCACAUAUUAUGACCCUGGCGGACCUUUCGCCUCGUCAAAUCAAUCAUAUUAUUACUCAUGCCCACUCCCUCAAGAUUCGCUCGCAAAAAUGGCUUGCGCCCCACAUCCCCAUCCACCAACAAAACGCAAGCAGCAAGCUCAGGCAAAACAUGCGCCUGCCCUCGCAGUCACUAUUUUCAAAAACGAUUGCCCUUCUCUUUUCAAAGAGAAGCACCAGGACGCGGAUUGCUGCGGAGACUAGUGCCGAGCUGUUGGGAGGACGAGCGCUGUUUUUAGGCCGCGAGGACAUUCAGCUGGGUGUCAAUGAGUCGGCGCGAGACACUGCGCAGGUUAUCUCUGGGAUGUGCCAGGGCAUAUUUGCUCGUGUCGGAGACCACUCCGAAAUCGAGGAAUUGGCCCAAUACUCCAAGGUCCCCGUGUUGAAUGCGUUGUCCUCUCUGUGGCACCCAACACAGAUCCUGGCGGACUUGCUUACCCUCCACGAAAACGCGGGCGCCUUUUCGAGGGAAGCCCUUGAAGAAGAGAAGAAGAACAUGAAAAGGAUGACACCUAUACUUCCCGAACUGCCCCCCCUGACCAUCGCGUACGUCGGCGACUGCGCGAAUGUGCUCAACGACAUGCUCGUAACGUACCCCCGACUUGGACACAAGGUCAAGGUCGCUGCCCCGCUCCAGUACCGUUCGCCCCCUGAAGUAAUGGCACGCGUCAAGGAACUUGGAUGCGAUCAGAAUAUUGAGUGGUUCGAAGAUCCCAAAGAAGCAGUUUGGAAUGCGAAUGUGAUCGUCAAUGACACCUGGAUAUCCAUGGGUCAGGAAGCCGAGAAGGCGGACCGGCUCAAAGCAUUCGAGGGCUACCAGGUGACCGAAGAGCUCUGCAAAUUUGCCAGCCCCGACUGGCGGUUCAUGCACUGCCUUCCCCGAAAGCCUCAUGAAGUCAAUGAUGCAGUUUUCUAUGGCCCCCGAUCACUUGCCUUCCCCGAAGCGGAAAACCGAAAAUGGACGAUCAUGGCACUUUUCGAUCUUCAGUUCGGACGCUGGAAUUUGGAUCCACCGAAGCCUGAAACGGCCUUCAUUGAAGAUGAAGUGGUCUCUGAAGUGGAAGGAGAGGAGGCGAAGCCUAAGGAGGAGUGA